AUGUAUAAACGGGACUUUGCUGUGCUGAUCUUGUCAGCUUUUGCGAUUUAUUUUACGAUCCAGCAUGAGGGCGCUUUCUCCUACCGAAGAGCCUGGUAUACUCUCCAUGACCAGGCUCUGCUGGAGUCGACAGAUGUGCUGCCACCCCCAGUGGCAGCGGACCUGAACGGCGAUGGCCGAGUGGAGGUCAUCACAGCAACACACGACGCCAAGCUACAGGUAUACACACCUUAUCCUCCUUCAGGCAAGUCUCUUUGGGAGGGCUUUGCGAAAGCCGCUCUCCUUGCUGAGGUGUCCCUUGCACCGGAUGGUCCCAAUGAGGCGCUGUCCAUGCAUCGUGCUGUCGCCCUGGCCGCAGGCUACCUGGACCCUAAGAGGGAUGAGCUCGUGCUGGUGGUUGUUACGGCCAAUUGGGACGUGAUAUGCUUCGACCAUAAUCUGCGCCUGCAGUGGACAGCAAGAGUGAAGGAGGAUGUGCCGCAUGGGGCCCACAUGGCAAUUAAGGAGGUGGCAAUACACAUCUCUAAUCACACUGCCAGAGUGGGGGACAGGGGGAUUGUAGUGAUUGGAGGCAGCGUAGACCUGGGGGACCUUGCACACCAGGGGGACGAAGGUGAGUCUGACCUUAUUGACACCCGGCCCUGCCUUGGCAUGGGAGGGAAACAUCAGGGGGUGGACAUAUCGCGGCAUUUUUCCUACUAUGCAUUUGACGGGGGCUUCGGCGCGCUGCGCUGGAAGCACGAGGCGAACUUCCACCGAGACACGGAGAAGCUGAGCCAGCAGCUGUUGCCAGCGUUGGACUUCCGAAUGGACGCGGCUGCGCUGGAGGCGCGCCACUUUGGCGAGGUGGCGUGCCGGGACUUCCGGGAAUCUGUGCUUGCCGUUCUGCCCCACAGGUGGGCGCGGCGUUCGGACACGCGGCUGCAGCUGGCGCAUUUCGUGCACCACCGGCCGCACGGGGGGGACCGUAAACGGCGGCUUGCCGACCGGGGGGACCCCUCAGGGGGACCCCCCAAGCCGCGGCGGCCGGGGCGGCAGGCCGACCGCGCCGGCGUGCACCACAGCAACCCAGUAGCCAAGGCCCUGGGGAAGGUGUGCCCAGUGGCGGAGCGGGCGGUCCUGGGCGGAGGCACCGGCGGUGCGGCGGGCGCAGCGCAGCACAGCGUGCACGGCGUGGCACCCAAUGUACUAGUGGCGCAUCUGGAGGAGGGCAUAGAGGCGGUUCACCUCUACAGCGGGCGCACUCUGUGCAAGCUGCACCUGCCCUCCCCGGGGCUGCACGCGGAUCUCAACGGCGAUGGCGUGCUCGACCACGUGCAGGUAGCGGGCGGCCAUGGCUCGCCGGACGGCGGCUCGCCGGGCCACCGGCACACGCCGGGCUGCUGGGCUGUUGCGAAGUCCGGCAUCCCUCCCCGGGAGCCGCUAUUCAACGCCACGAUAUGCCGUUUCCCGGGGCAGUGGGGCGCCGAGUCCUCUGCGCGCGCCUUCAGUUUCGGCACCGACGGCGGUGUCGUGCCUCUGGAGGUGGCGCCGCCUGCUUUCCUACCGGUUCCGGGGCCGCGGGGCCUGUACCAGCAGGGGCACGGUCUCGCGGCGUUCCUCAACAGCCGCGGUGAGGUCACCGCCUACAACGCGCACGGCGAGCGCCUCUGGCAGCACGCGAUGGGUCUGGCGUGGUCCAACAGAAGGCCGGGGGGCCUCGGAGGAGGCAACGCCGCGCGACGCGUGGCUCCCACAUUAGAAGCUCUUCCGCUCCGUGCAGGGGCGAUCCCUGCCGCGAUUCUGGCUUCUGGAUCGUGGUCUGCUGUUGUGCUGUCAGAGCACGGCAACCGCCUAGAGACCCUGCAGUUCCCGGCGCUGCCCGCGCUGCCAUUGCAGAUACUGGACUUCAACGGCGAUGGGCUGAACGACAUAGUCCUAGUGUCACACGAUGGCCUCUAUGGCUGGGCACAGGUGCGGCAUCCUGGGGGAGUUCCCUUUGCGGUGCUUAUCGCCUGCCUCAUAGUGGCGAUGGCAGUGGUGUACUUCACGCAGCAGGCAGGACCAGAGCGGGGGAGGACCAAAAAGGGGCGCUCCACAGACCGAGUGGACUGA